AGCGAAUCUCACAAAUCGUCACACGGGCACGACGGGGUCAGUGACCGCGCACGCAGCCUGUUUAUCUGUAUGAGAGGUCCUCGGGAGCGCGCACCCCCGGCCGAGGAAGGUGAGCGAGUGUCUGGAGGGGAGGACUCGGGAACGCGACCGACCAGUCGAGGGAUCGAUCGGAUUAAACUCGAUUUGAGUGAAAUUAACACAAAGGACAGAAGCGCAACGCGCACUCGUCGGCGAGGUCGCAGAUGCGAGACCCACCGGAGAUACAUUUCACGAUAAACAUUCAAAUGCAACUUUUUUUUUCCCAGUCUGUCUUUUGAAAACCAGAAAGGACCACGGUGAUUUUUCCCCUUUGCGGAAACGGAGAUACUAACGAGGAGUUCAUUUGAUUAAAAAAAAAAAGAAAAGAAGAAGCCUGAAGUGACCAAGCUUGUUGGGGAACCUUUAAAGAGGACCAUGGAAUAGCAAGAUAGCAGUUGGCUGCAAAGGGCUUUCCUGCACAAACACGUCCCUUCUGUGGGGGCCCACCCCAGCAUGGCGGACCCAGGGAUGUUGAGUUUAUUUGGGGAUGAUGCAGGGCUGUUCUCCGAUGGAUUGGAUGGUUUAGGAGACUGCUUUCCUCAGCAGCCAACCCCAGGCCAAUCCAGCACUCUACCCCGACAGACUAAUCCCCCGCUCAACCACGAACACCAGGGAAACAGGGCUUACCACCAGGGGAUGCUCCUCGGUACUGGACCAGCACAGCCUAAAUUGGGCCAAAUGUACGACCACAGCUCCUACGCAAGCUAUGAACAGGCCGGCGCUCCCGCAGGAAGAAUGAUGUCUCAGAAUGGUCCGAGCCAGGGGCCACCAAAUGUCAACGCAACUAUGAAUGGCAUGGCUUCCCACUACCACAACAACCCCGCAAAUUCAAGUAAUACCCAUCAUGGUUACCCAGGUGAUUCUGGGGGUGGCGCUGGUGUUUGGGGACAACAGCAUCAAAGCAGAUCACCAUAUCAACAGCCAGCAGCGCAAGCAGGGAGUGGCCCCAACCAGAUUGGGGCGUUCCAAAUGUCUCAAAGCAGCUACGGCGGCAUGCAGGGCCAACCCACAUCCAACGCAUCUCGUAUAAACCAACAUUACCCACCACAGAGCAUGGCUCACCAACCAACUCAAGACCCGUCUCACUACAUGGGACAUGUUGGAAUGGUGGGGGGUCAAAUAAGACACCCACAGCCCCAAAGCCAAGGUUACCCCAAUAUGAGCCACACACCAAGAUUCCCACAUUCUCCCUCACGACAGCCUGCGCAUCCUCAUCAACAUCAGCAAGGUAUGGCUGGGUUUGGGGGUGGGCAAUACCCUAGUUAUCAGGCCCAGUAUGGUGCCAUGGGUUCUGGAGUUGGCCAGGGUGCGAAUGCCGCUGUCAGCAGCAACGCCAGCCCUGCUCUGGGACCCGGGCAGCUCGGCCAAAGGUUUAACCAGGGAUCAGGCGCAGCUUCUGGGCAACCCGGACAGCGAUACCCUCCCGGGCCAUCCCACCAGACACAUUCUGUCCCACUGCAGCCACAGCCGGCAGGGCAACAGGGCCAGCCUAUGCACCGCCUUAGCCACUCCCAGCCCCCCAAUCAACCCCAGUCCCAUCUUGCACCCCCAGCUCAGGGAUCCUACCCCUCUCCCUCAUCAAUGUCCCCCAUGCGGGUUUUGGGAACCCCCACCCCACCUCCCCAACAGGUCAGGCCCCCGAGUGCAGGACUCGUUGUUCCCACAGAGGUGACGGGGUACACAGCCCUGCAGUCUCCACCAAAUUCUAUCGCACAUCCUCAGAGACCUCCCCAAACGUCACUGUCUGCUGCACACCAACACCAGCCACCCCACAGUAUAGCCUCCAAUGCAGGGCAGAUGUAUUCUGGCAUGGGACCGCAGCGUUGUCCUCAAAUUGUCCCAAAUCGCCCUCCGCUCCAGACACAACAAGGGCAUCAUGAGGCACCAGUCGGCCAAGGGGGAGAUCAGCAUCUCCUCCAUUCCCAGCAACAAGCCUCUAGAAGUGGCCAGCCCAUGCAGCCUUCUCCUGGCGGUUUCCAAGGUCCAUCUGUCAGUCAGCACGGAGCCCUGCCCCUGAACCACGGUUUAUUGCCGCCCACCCAAAACGUUCAGACGCAGCACACUCACCUGUCCCCCUACCCUGUGCAGAGCACACCCCCUCCCCCCAGCCAGUCUUCCCACCAUUGGACACCGCAACCUUCUGCCUCCCAUCCACUUUCCUCACCCCCUACCACCCCUCAGAAAGUGCCUAAUAUACAGCAUUCCUCGUUGGACCCAUCUGCCGAUGCCUCCGUGAUAGUUUCCGAUCGACCGACUGGCAGCACUGGCGACACCAGACAGCCUGUCAGCACGGAACGGCCCAAUGACCAAGAGACCAAGCCAAAAAAGAAGAAGAAAAAGAAAACUAAAGUAGAAGAUGGAGAAGAGGAAAGAAAAAAGAGCAUGACAAAAGUAGAGGAAGACAUCAAGUCCGGACUUCCUUCAACAGGGUGUGAGCAGGGUGCCGGCCCAGGAAUUGGAGAUGGAACUUCGCCAGCUGUUGAGAAGAAAAAACGGAAAAAGAAACCAAAGGAUAAGGCUGAGGGCACUGAGGCCAAAGAGCCCAAGACCCCCAAAAUGCCUAAAACACCCAAGACCCCCAAGACUCCCAAAGAACCCAAGGAGAAGAAAGUCAAGAACUCCACACCCAAGGCCAAGAUGCCCAAAAAGUCCAGCAGUAAGAAGGCGGAUUCCGAAGAUGGCGCCAUUGCUGCCAAGAAGGAUUCCAAGAGGAAGCGACAGUCAUCAGUCAGCGAAGACGUGGAGGUGAAGUCUCCGCCUGCCUCGCCUACAGAGGAGGAGGAUGAGGAUGGUGUGCAGAAGCGGCGCUCCAGCCGACAAGUGAAGAGGAAGCGUUAUACAGAGGACCUGGAGUUCCGAAUUUCGGAAGAUGACGACAGCGGAGACGAUUCACCCACACCAAAGUCCCCAUCGUCAUCAACACAGCUGCAGGAUGUAGUUGAAGCUGAUGGGCCAGUUGUGGAGAAGAUCAUGGGUGUGCGUACCACCAAGAAACAGCUGGAGUCACUGGAGGAAGUGGAGGUUGAGGAGUUCUACGUCAAGUUCAAGGGCUUUUCUUACCUCCAUUGUCGUUGGGCAGAGUUAGAGGAACUGGAGAAAGACAAGAGAAUACAGCAGAAGGUCAAAAGGUUCAAGGCCAAACAACUACUCAACACUUUUAUCACAGAGAUGGAUGAUGAGCCUUUCAACCCUGACUAUGUGGAGGUGGAUCGCGUCCUGGACAUUUCAGAGAGCACAGACGAAAACGGAGAGCAGGUGACCUUAUAUUUGGUGAAAUGGUGUAGUCUACCCUAUGAAGACUCCACCUGGGAACUAAAGGCAGAUAUUGACCAGUCAAAGAUAGAGGAAUAUGAACGCAUUGCUGCACGCACUCCCAACACUAACAAAGUGGAUCGGCCUUUGGCUGCUGAAUGGAAAAAAUUGGAAGGGUCAAGGGAAUACAGGAACAGCAACGCACUCAGGGAAUACCAACUAGAAGGUCUCAACUGGCUAACCUUCAACUGGUACAACUCGCGUAACUGUAUACUGGCUGACGAGAUGGGUCUUGGAAAAACGAUCCAGUCCAUAACAUUCCUCUACGAAAUUUACAUGAAGGGCAUUCAGGGGCCAUUCUUGGUUAUUGCCCCGCUUUCUACAAUUCCCAACUGGGAGAGAGAGUUCAGGACAUGGACUGAGCUUAAUGCUGUUGUCUACCAUGGCAGCCAGGCUAGCCGCAGAACCAUCCAGGCCUAUGAGAUGUACUUCAGAGAUUCACAGGGUAAAAUAAUAAAGGGGGCGUAUCGGUUUGACGCUGUUAUAACCACCUUUGAGAUGAUUCUGGCCGACUGUCCAGAGCUUCGUGGCAUCCCGUGGCGCUGUGUGGUCAUAGAUGAAGCCCACCGCCUGAAAAACCGAAACUGCAAACUACUGGAAGGACUAAAGAUGAUGGACAUGGAACACAAAGUUUUGUUGACAGGGACUCCGCUUCAAAACACAGUGGAGGAGCUUUUUAGCUUACUCAACUUUCUGGAACCAGAACGUUUCCCGUCCGAACAAACAUUCAUGACUGAAUUUGGAGACCUAAAGACUGAAGAGCAGGUUCAGAAUCUACAGGGCAUUCUGAAACCCAUGAUGUUGAGAAGACUAAAGGAGGACGUUGAAAAGAACCUGGCCCCUAAGGAGGAGACCAUCAUUGAGGUGGAGCUCACCAACAUCCAGAAGAAAUACUAUCGAGCAAUUCUGGAGAAGAACUUCUCCUUCUUGUCAAAAGGAGGUGCAGGAGGAGGGGGAGGAGCAGGUGGCGGAGGAGGAGGAGGCGGAGGUGUCCCCAACCUCCUCAACACCAUGAUGGAGCUAAGGAAAUGCUGUAACCAUCCCUAUCUCAUUAACGGAGCGGAGGAGAAGAUCAUUGAGGAGUUUAGGGACUCCCACAGUGGAACAGACAUGUCUGAUAUGCCCCUUCAAGCGAUGGUCCAUGCUGCUGGCAAGCUGGUGCUCAUUGACAAACUUCUGCCUAAACUGAAGGCCGGUGGUCACAGAGUCCUGGUUUUCAGUCAGAUGGUCCGGUGCCUGGACAUUUUGGAGGAUUAUCUCAUCCAGAAACGUUACCCCUAUGAGCGCAUUGACGGCAGAGUUCGCGGUAAUCUGCGGCAGGCGGCCAUAGACCGCUUCUCCAGACCGGAUUCUGACCGUUUUGUCUUCCUGCUGUGUACGAGAGCCGGCGGACUUGGCAUUAACCUGACUGCAGCGGAUACUUGCAUAAUCUUUGAUUCUGACUGGAACCCUCAGAAUGACCUGCAGGCCCAGGCAAGAUGUCAUCGUAUCGGCCAGUCCAAAGCUGUAAAAAUCUAUCGGCUAAUCACCAGAAACAGUUACGAGAGGGAGAUGUUUGAUAAGGCCAGUCUGAAGCUGGGUCUCGACAAGGCUGUCCUCCAGAGCAUGAGUGGGCGUGAGAAUGCCAACAGCGGGGUUCAGCAAUUGUCCAAGAAAGAAAUCGAAGACCUGCUGAGAAAGGGAGCGUAUGGUGCUCUCAUGGAUGAGGAGGAUGAAGGCUCCAAAUUCUGUGAGGAAGACAUUGACCAGAUUCUUCAGAGGCGGACCCACACCAUAACCAUAGAGUCGGAGGGCAAAGGCUCCACUUUCGCCAAGGCCAGUUUUGUUGCGCCCGGUAACAGAACCGACAUUUCUCUGGAAGAUCCCGACUUUUGGCAGAAAUGGGCCAAGAAGGCGGAACUGGACCUGGAUGCCAUCAAUGGAAGGAACACGCUGGUGAUUGACACGCCAAGAGUAAGAAAGCAAACGCGUCACUAUAGCAGCGUGAAAGAGGACGAGAUGAUGGAGUUCUCAGAGCUGGAGAGUGAAGAUGAUGAACCCAGCAGACCCUUAUCCAAACCACGACGACCGCAAGACAAAGUCCAGGGCUACCCUCGAUCGGAGUGCUUCAGAGUGGAGAAGAACCUGCUUGUCUACGGUUGGGGCAGAUGGAGUGACAUCCUGGCUCACGGCCGCUUCAAGCGCCCCCUGAAGGAGGCUGAUGUGGAGACAAUCUGCCGAGCGCUUCUCGCAUACUGUCUGUUGCAUUACCGUGGCGAUGAGAACAUCAAAAGCUUUAUAUGGGAUCUGAUCACCCCAAGUGAAGAUGGAACGACCAAGACAUUGAGCAACCACUCCGGUCUGUCAACACCAGUGCCUCGAGGCAGAAAGGGCAAAAAAGGGAAACUCACUGCCCCGGCCCCACAGACGCCAAGAGCGGAUUGGCUGGCCAGCUGUAAUCCUGACCAUCUACUGCAAGAGGAUAGCUACAAGCGACACUUGAAGCAUCACUGUAACAAGGUGUUGCUGAGGGUGAGAAUGCUGUAUUAUCUGAGACAGGAAGUCAUCGGCGAUCAGGCAGAGCGCAUUCUGGAUGGAGCCGACGCCAGUGAGUUGGAUGUCUGGAUUCCACAGCCAUUCCAUGCGGAGGUCCCCACAGACUGGUGGGACACCGAGGCGGACAAAUCCCUGCUCAUUGGGGUCUUCAAACACGGCUAUGAAAAGUAUAACUCCAUGAGAGCCGACCCCACCCUAUGUUUUUUGGAGCGGGUGGGUAUGCCCGACGCCAAGGCGAUUGCUGCUGAGCAGAGGGGCAACGAUAUGAUGGCAGAUGGCGUUGAAGGUGAGGAUGAGGAUCCAGAAUACAAGCCACUUCGGAUGCCUUUUAAGGAUGAAAUGGAUGACUUCACCAACUCUCCUCUCGAUGACACUGGGGAAGGAGAAGCAGAGGGUAAAUCCGAUGAAAACGGUCAAAGUGUGCCUUCCACCGGCGGAGCCGCCUGCUCCAAUGAGAGGCUCUACUGGCCGGCCGCCUCAGCUCUGACGGCCCGUCUGCGCCGCCUCAUCACUGCCUACCAGCGUUCCAAUCGCAGAGAGCAGCUUCGCCAAGAGGCCCUCAACAGGCCCGAUGGGCGCCGAAGACGGCGGCGGGACUUCCUACCUACCAUUGCAAUGGUGACAGAGGCAGCGGGGGGAGGAGGAGUAGGAGGAGGAGCCUAUAUCCAAGAUCCAGCAACAGUGUUCAUGGCUGAGGGAACCUCCUACCUCACUAAAGGAAGUGCUUAUUUUGCGAAAAGUGGGCAAUAUAUAACCGAUGAGUCGCCAGUGAUGACCACAAGCGCCCUGAUGACGGAUGGAGCCGUGUACUAUAAGGAAAGGAGACAAAGAUGGACUCGUCGCGAGGAGGCUGACUUUUACCGUGUUGUGUCCACGUUUGGAGUCGUCUUUGACACGCAAUGUCAGAAAUUUGACUGGACACAAUUCAGAGCUUUUGCCCGACUGGACAAAAAGACAGACGAUAGCCUGGAGAAAUAUUACUAUUCCUUCAUCGCAAUGUGCAAACGUGUCUGUCGCAUGCAGGUCAAAACUGACACAGAACUCCCCGACCCAACGCUGAUCAUCGACCCCAUCACGGAGGAGCGUGCUUCCCGCACUCUGUAUCGCAUUGAAUUGCUGCGGCGCAUCAGAGAGCAGGUUCUCCCCCAUCCGCUGCUCUCUGAGCGGCUUAAACUCUGCCAGCCCUCCCAAGACCUCCCAGAUUGGUGGGAGUGUGGCCGCCAUGACAGGGACCUUCUCCUUGGAGCCUCGAAGCAUGGUGUCAGUCGAACAGAUUAUCACAUCCAAAACGAUCCAACCUUGGCCUUCCUGGAGGCGCACCGGCGCCUAACCACCCAGCGCGGGACUCUCCUCGGCAUGGGAGAACUCUGCAAAAGUGGCACGGGAACAGCCGAGAGCAGCCCCUCAGCUCUUCUCACGCCUGCGGAGCUCGCGAGUGUCGCCGUUUCUGCCGAAAUAGCCGCUCAUGGUGCUGAAGCGGAGGGAGAGAGAACGCAGGUGAAAACGGAGGAAGAUGAUGUUCAGACUGAGGCUAGAAUGGAGCCUGAGGAAGAGGAGGCCAGCGCUGUCACAUGUGUAAACACUUCAUCUCCUGAGAAAAUCGAGGAGGUAGAGGUUAAAGAUGAGAAAGAGGCCACAGCCUCACCGCUGCCACAUGUCGACGAAGCUCGACCGGUAGCAGAAAAGGAGACGAGCGGACCGAUAGAAGAGAACACGGAGAAUAUUUCCAAGCAGACCGAACAAGAAACUGUGGCUCGUGUUGACACUGCCGGGGACCAAAUGAUAUCGAAGGACCCAGAAGAGCUUGAAGCACAAACCAGCCGCAAUGCUGCGGAGGAGGAGGACCGAGUGCAGAGGGAGGACGGCAAGUCUCCAAAAUCUCCAAAGUCACCUGACCCAGAGAAAAGCCCCGAAGAGGAGGAAAGGAUGGAUGAAGACGACAAAUCGGAGAAAUCAUCCCAGGCUGAAGCGGGUGCCGUAUCUGAGCAGAAGAACUUUGACGAGGAGAGCAUCGCAUCUUUGAGCACAUCAGCUCGAGAUGAAACCAGAGAUGGUUUUUGCCCUGAUGACAUGGCGGAAACUUAUGCCUUACACGCCUUACAGGACAGAACGUAUGCCUUCACAGUCUGGCCGAAGGAUCGAGUGAUGAUUAAUAGGAUGGACAACAUCUGCGAGGCCGUCCUGAAGGGCAAGUGGCCCGUCAACCGACGCCACAUCUUUGACUUUCCGAGCAACCUGUUGCCAGGUCAUGGCUCCACAAUACCCGCAGCUGCAGUCGUCACAGCAACCGAGAGCCCGCUGCAGAGACGAAGUGUGGGCGAGCUGACACUGACCGGGAUCCACAGCCCUUACAGCAGGAUGGAGGAUAAAGCGCUUUCAUCACACGUUCUCGACGAUCCUCUGGGUCUAACGGUGCCUCGACAGAGGAGGAGGAGGAGGAGGAAGAUCGAGAUUGAGGCCGAGAGAGCGGCCAAGAGGCGUAACCUGAUGGAGAUGGUUGCUCAGUUGAGAGAGAACCACGCAACCCUGGAGUCCCAGAGUCAGGCUAUUGAUCUCACCAAGGAUAUCCAUCAUCAACGCAAGAGCUCUCCUUCGUUGGCUGGCUUCCCCAGUGCGCUGGUGACAAACCCAUCGCUAAAGGCCCAAAUGGAGCUGCUGCAGCAAGCCCCGCCCUCUGGCCACAGAGCCAACGGUUCGCUGGAAGCUGACUUGCCAAUGAUGAGGCGGAGGCGGGGACGCAGGAAAAACGUCGAGGGCAUGGAGCUGCUGUUUAUGGGCAACAAAAGAGCUGGAGUGGACGAUGGUGAUGGGACCAAGGUGUCCGGUAUGGAAGCGGGGCAGGAUGCUGCCCGUGCCCACAGACCCAUUGCGGUCUCAGAGCAGAGCCCCAGUGGAAGAUCUCUUGCGUCUGGUAGUAUGGAGGAGGAAGAGACGACUGUUUCCAACAAAGAGCUCGGGGAGUGGCUGAGGCAGCACCCUACCUACACCAUGGACAUUUCUGGAUUUACACCAAAGAACGAAGAGUUACUGUUGUCUCAGUUCUCAAAACCCAAGCAAAAGCGCCAUCGCUGUCGAAACCCCAACAAGAUCGACAUCAACACCCUGACGGGAGACGAGAGAGUGCCUGUAAUCAACCGGCGGAAUGGCCGCAAGAUGGGUGGUGCCAUGGCUCCCCCAAUGAAGGAACUUCCCAGAUGGCUGUUGGAAAACCCUGAAUUUUCAAUUGCACCCGAUUGGACAGAUAUUGUCAAACAGUCGGGUUUUCUCCCGGAGGCCAUGUUUGACCGGCUGCUGACGGGUCCGGUCGUUCGAGAAGAGGGUGUCCGUCGUCGGGGACGACGUCCCAAAUCUGAGAUCGCCAAAGCGGCCGCUGCUGCCCAGGCGGCGGCGGCUGCGCAGGCCGCCCAGGCCUCGCUGGCCACCGCCGCUUCGUCGGCUGGAGGCAUCAACCCACUGCUGCUGAACAGCCUCUUCGGAGGGAUGGAUCUGUCCUCCCUGCAGAGCCUUCAGUCUCUCCAGUUGGCCGCCGGCCUUAUGGCUUUCCCCACCGCCGCUGACCCCAAGCAGGCCGCUGCCAGUGCCGCCGCCGCCUCCAUGCUACCCCUCAUGCUGCCCGGCAUGGGGGGCUUGCCCAACAUGGCCGCAGCUAUCCCAAACAUGUUCGGCCUGGGCGGGCUGUUUGGUGGCAACGUGGCGGCCGCCGCCGUCGCUUCCAACCCGGCAGGGGCCGCUGCAUCGACGAACGCCAACGGCACGGCGGAUGGCGACGGCGAGGAAGGGAGCCGGAAGAGAAAGGAAGAAGAUGGGGCCGAUGGUGAUGACGGGGGAGAAAAUGAGCCUGAGGAGGAAGCUGAUGGUGAUGAAGGUGGCCAUCUUGCCAAGAAGGUGAGAAUUGACAAGGAGGACGAAGAAGGUGGAGAGAAGAUGGAAAAAUCCCAAAGCGGUCGGAGCGCAGCAGCCCAAACGCCAGCGACGGCUUCUCCGCCCGACUCCUCCAUCAACGGCGAAGCCGCCGCCCUGCUGGCCGCCGCCGGCAUGUCAGCCAAUUCUCUGGCAUUUAAUCCUUUCCUCCUGUCCACCAUGGCCCCCGGCCUUCUCUAUCCCUCCAUGUUCUUACCUCCAGGGCUCGGGGGUCUGGGCCUGCCCGGCUUCCCCACCGCCUCCACCCUGGCUGAGCUUCAGAGCGCCGCGGGAGCGCUGGGGGCCAAUGGCGCGGCGGCGAAGCCUUCAAGAGACGGCAAGGCGGAAGGGCCCAAAGUAGCGGACGAGGAGAAUGAGGACGAGGAGGCGCAAGGGGGAGAGAGUGACUUGGCUGAGGAGAGCGCAGCUGCAAAGGAGAACAGAAGCGAAGCAGAGGAAUCGCUCGUGGAGGAUGGAGGGAUGAUUGGAGAUGAGGAAGAGGACGACUAGAGUGACUGACGGACUGAAAUAAACCCAAAA